AUGAGUAAAGAUACUGUUGAGCACCCUUCAAUGGCCGAUGCAACCUAUUCUAUCGCGGACGAAGUGACUCCCCUACUUCAAUCUUCCUCAGAACAGGAAGUUUAUUCAGUCUGGCAGGGACUUUGUGAUAUCGAUGAAGUAGACGAGGAAAACCAGCCCAAUGAGAAUGGGAGCAGGCACAAAGAGGUCAAUCGGAAGUCUCUUAACACUUUGAUUGCUAUCCUACUUAUCGGUGUCUUCGUCUCUCAAGCCGACGGAAGUAUUGUGCUUGCUACUUAUGGACAGAUAUCCUCGGAUUUCAAUGACCUCCAAUCCGGUAGCUGGCUUAUGACAAGCUACAUGUUGGCACAGUGUGUUGCACAGCCAUUGUAUGGAAAGCUGAGUGACAUCUUCGGACGGAAACGUUGCCUCCAGGCCUCAUACAUAAUAUUUGCAAUUGGGACAGUGGGAUCAGGUCUGGGACAAAACAUGUCUCAGAUCAUCACAGCUCGGGCUAUCCAGGGCUGUGGCGGUGCAGGAAUGGUUUGUAUGGUGGCCAUACUUUUGACUGAUCUUGUCCCUGUUCAUGAAUUGGCGGUGUACCGCUCCUACGUCAACGUCAUACAGACUGUAGGUCGGAGCUGUGGGGGCGCAUUUGGCGGCUUUCUUGCUCAAACAAUUGGUUGGAGAUGGGCCUUCUCGGGCCAAGGCCCACUAUUACUUGUUGCGUUUUGGCUUGUCGAGAGGUGGCUUCCCAAUACCAGAAAGGGAUCAUCCGACACCCGCAGUACAUGGGAGAAAUUCAGGCGCAUCGACAUUGGAGGAGCAAUUUCGCUGAGUCUGAACAUCGCCUUUGCCUUACUUAUCCUCGAUAUGGGUGGGCAGAAAGUCCCCUGGACUCAUCCUCUCAUAAUCUCCGCGGCUGCAAUAGCCCUCGCAAGUGGCAUUGUCUUCGUUCUAAUCGAGAAUUAUUGGGCGCAGGAGCCAGUAUUUCCUCUCACGUUGAUGACGAAAUAUUCGGUUGUCAAUUGCUACACAUUAAUUGGCUUGCAAAAUUUGACACAGACAGCGCUUAUGUUCACAGUGCCGUUGUAUUGGCAAGUGACAAAGAAAGCAAGUCCAGGAAUUGCAGGUCUGUAUCUUAUUCCCGCGAUCGUGGGCAAUACACUGGGUGGCCUUCUUACAGGCAGAUGGAUCAUGAAGCAUCGUCGUUACAAGCUGCCUAUUGUGCUGGCAUCAGUGAACUCAAUGCUUGCUUUUGUGUCGCUAAUCAUCUACUGGCGUGGAGAUACGAAUCCGCUGCAAAGUUCACUCAUCUUUUCUGGUGGAUUUGGCACAGGCAUUGCUCACUCCGCAGUAUUCGUGUCACUUGCGAAUGACAUGGAUGACGAGGAUAUCGCCAUUGCAAGUUCGGGUUUUUAUCUUAGCGGGAACAUUGGAGGAGUUUUAGGUGUCAGUGCUGCAAGUGCCGUCCAGCAGGUAAUACUGCGGCGUAGAUUGCUCAGUAUCCUCAAAAACCAUACCAACAAGCAACAUAUCGUACAGAAGGCUUUGGAGGAUAUCCGAUUCGUUCAAAAUGUCAGCGAAAAGUUACGAAGACUGAUGUUGCCUGCAUAUAUUUCAAGCUUUCAGGCAGUUUUCUAUUUGGGUCUCGCAUGUGCUGGAGUGGCCCUAGUUGCAGCUCUGGUUGUCCGUGAGAAAAGACUCUCUGAGAGAUAA